GCCCACCAUGUGUGGGGGACUAAUAGAGAAGUAUGUGGCUGCCAUGGUGCUCAGUGCAGCUGGAGAUGCCCUGGGGUACUGCAAAGGAAACUGGGAGUUCCUCCGGGAUGGGGAGAAGAUUCACCAGCAGUUGGCCCAGCUUGGUGGCUUGGACGCCAUAGACGUGGAGACAUGGAGGGUCAGUGAUGACACAGUGAUGCACCUGGCCACAGCAGAAGCCCUCAUAGAAGCUGAGAAAGUUGAGGACUUGGCCCAACUGUAUUCCUUCCUUGCUAAGCAUUACCAAGACUGCGUGGAAGACAUGGACGGCCGAGCACCAGGUAAUGCCUCAAUGAGGAAUGCCAUGCAGCUGGAGCCACAGAAAGCCAAUGGCUGGAGGAUUCCCUUCAACAACCACGAGGGUGGCUGUGGGGCUGCCAUGCGGGCCAUGUGUAUCGGUCUCAGGUUCCCUCACCACAGCCAGAAGAAUAUGCUGAUCCAAGUGAGCAUCGAGAGUGGCCGAAUGACCCACCACCACCCGACAGGCUACCUGGGUGCUCUGGUGUCUGCUCUUUUUACAGCGUAUGCCGUGAAUGGCAAACCACCCCAACAGUGGGGAAAAGGUCUGAUGGAGGUGUUGCCAGAAGCUAAAAAGUACAUUGUCCAAUCAGGCUACUUUGUGGAGGAGAAUCUUCAAAACUGGUCCUACUUCCAAGACCAAUGGGAAAAGUAUCUAAAACUUAGAGGGAUUUGGGAUGGCAAAUCAGCUCCUACCUUCCCAAAGCCUUUCAGUGUGAAAGAGAGAGAUCAGUUCUACACCUCCGUGAGCUACUCUGGCUGGGGUGGCAGCAGUGGGCACGAUGCCCCCAUGAUUGCCUAUGAUGCCAUCCUUGCUGCAGGAGACUCCUGGAAGGAGCUGGCCCACAGAGCCUUUUUCCAUGGUGGAGACAGCGAUUCCACGGCUGCCAUUGCUGGUUGCUGGUGGGGAGUUAUGUAUGGUUUUAAAGGAGUGAGUCCUUCCAACUAUGAGAAACUAGAAUACCGAAAGCGUCUGGAAAAGACAGGAAAGGCUUUAUAUUCUCUUGGUUCAAAGGAAAUACUGUAAUUGCUCUCUAGGGACAUGUGAUGUUC